CAAGAGCAAGAGAGGGGCCCCGUAACACGGCCGCGUGGAGGAGGCGCCAUGAGGAUCGAGCGGUGCUAUUUCUGCUCCAGCAAGGUCUACCCCGGCCACGGCCUACAGUUCGUGCGGAAUGACUCCAAGGUCUUCAAGUUCUGCCGGCCGCGCUGCCACAAGAGUUUCAAGAGGAAGCGCAACCCCAGGAGUGUGCGCUGGACCAAGUCGUUCCGGAAGGCGGCGGGGAAGGAGCUCACAGUGGACCCUUCCUUUGAGUUUGAGAAGCGCCGCAAUGUUCCCAACAAGUACAACCGGGAGCUGUGGCACAAGACCAUGGCGGCCAUGAAGCGCGUGGCUGAGAUCAAGACCAAGCGCGAGGGCAAGUUUGUCAUGGACCGCCUCCUCAAGAGCCAGGAGCACCAACGCGUCCAUGACAUCGUUGAGGUCCGCAAGGGCAUGAGUCUAAUACGCUCACCGGCCGCUGGACUUAAGAGGAAGAAGCUGAUGGACGAGGAGGAGAUGGAGCUGGAAGAGGAGGUCAAGCAGAGGGUGGCCGCUGGUACCUCGGGCAAGCAGGUGGAGAAGAAGCGGAAGAUUGUGGAGGAGGUGCCCAUGUCCGACGACGAGGAGUUGAAGAUAGAAGAGGAUAGUGACAGUGACAAUGAGGCGGAUAAUAGUGACGAAGAUGAUGAUGAUAGUGAUGCUGUAGGAGGUGAGAAUGAUGAUAGUGAUGAUGAUGAUGACAAGUGAAUGGUGUAUGAAUGUAUAUAAAUGUUGAAUGUUAUAUGUGGUGUGUGUAUAAGGUUGAAACAAAUUGGAAGGAAAUAAUAAAGUAUGAAUGAGA